ACACGCCAGAUACGGCCGAUAGGAGGAUUUUUUUAACGAGAUUAACAUAGUCAGUGUUUCGUCGCUAUCAUCAGUCAUUAGUCAACAUGGCGAGCCACAUGCAGAGAUUAUUGUUGAGAGCCGGCCGUUUGUGUCGCGUAAAUUCUACGAGGCAGAUUUCUGCCUCCGCCACGCUCCGAGCGAGACCCGCCUUCAAUUGGGAGGAUCCGUUCGAUCUAGAGUCACAAUUGACACAGGACGAAAUCCUGAUGUGGGAUCAGUUUCGUUCCUACUGCCAGAAGCAGCUCCUGCCGAACGUGAUCGAGGCGAAUCGAAAGGAACACUUCGAUCGGGAGAUUGUAAAGCAGAUGGGACAGCUCGGAGUGUUGGGCUGCACCAUGAAAGGCUAUGGCGGCGCCGGAGUAUCCUCAGUGGCUUACGGGCUCCUCGCCAGGGAAAUUGAGAAAAUCGACAGCGGUUAUCGAUCGGUGUUCUCGGUGCAAUCCUCUCUUUCGAUCGGUGCGAUCUACAUGUUCGGCAGCGAUGCUCAAAAAGAACGAUUUCUACCUAAAAUGGUUUCCGGGGAAAAGAUCGGUUGUUUUGGCUUGACGGAGCCCAAUCAUGGUAGUGACGCAGGAGCCAUGGAGACUAGAGCCAUUUACGACUCCGAUAAAAAGGUCUACAAAUUGAACAGCAGCAAAACAUGGAUCACAAACUCGCUGUCGCCGACGUGUUGAUAGUAUGGGCGAAAUGUGAUGACGGUCAGAUCCGUGGGUUCGUCAUCGAGAGAGAAGCUGCGGGAAAUCGGUUGUCUACCCAAAAGAUUGAAGGGAAGUUUUCUCUAAGAACGUCCAUCACCGGCAUGAUUCUAAUGGACAACGUAAUCGUGCCAGAAGAAAAUUUAUUUAACGUUC